CCUCUUACCAUCACGGUAACAGUACGUAUUUUGAUGAAAGCGGUAGUCAUCAUAUUAGUGGUCCAGACAUGUGUUUGGGCCCAGUACAUACGGGACGAUGGUAUGCCCAUUAUCUUCGGCGCUGACGGUGACAGUAACUUGGCCAAAGCUUCAGGUCCUAUUGUGGUGUCCCCACACUCGACCCAGCAGCAGCAACAACAACAACAACAACAACAACAACGCUCCCAGGUGGUUCGGCCACAAUUGCAGCAAGUGGUGCAACCAGCCACACCCCAGCAACACUUCUUUGAUCUUCCACCGGUUGAGCCAGUCCCACCCCCAGUCCUGGUGGCACAGCCUCUACAGCCGACCUUCCCAGAGAUCUCUACACAAUUUGCUCAGUCUCCUGCACCUUUGUGUGAUGCCUUCAACAAGCCUCUAGUUGACGAGGUAGAGUCCGGGAGGGCGUACCACCUGUCGUGGUGUCACGACUCUGGGCGGACCUACACCUGGGAACACGCGUCGCGUUACUGUGCUGCUCUGGGUCACGGCUUCCAGGCCCUCAGUAUAGAGACCCAACCUGAACAACACUUUAUAGCCACUAUCAUCGUUAAACAUUACAUCCAGGACAUCUGGACUAGUGGAAACAAGGUGAACUCGAGGUACUGGUCGUGGUUGUCAGGUGCUGCGAUGUCGUAUACGAACUGGUCUCGCACUGGCAGAAGCGGCGUGCCUCAGCCGGACAACACGGACGGUAACGAGGACUGUCUGGCCGUCUUCAACAACCACUUCAACGAUGGAGUAGUUUGGCACGACUCGAGCUGUUUCUUGCAGAGGCGCGUCAUCUGUGAAGCACGCCAGUUUUACGGAGCAUAACCAGCUUGAUCUCUUGACUACCAAGUAAUUAUAGUGUAUCCAGUUGAAAAUUGUUAGUUUCAAAUUAAUAAAAAUAAACUGCAUAGCUUUUA